AUGGAGAGCAGCAGCCCGCGGCCCCCGGGGCCCAGCGCCGGCCCCGGCCCCGCGCUCAGCCUGGACGCGCGGCUGCGCGGGGACCCGCGCCCGUGGGCCAAGGUGCUGUUCACGGCGCUGUACGCGCUCAUCCUGGCGCUGGGCUCCGCGGGCAAUGCGCUGUCCGUGCGCGUGGUGCUGAAAGGGCGCGCCGGGCCCCCGGGCCGCCUGCGCUACCACGUGCUCAGCCUGGCGCUCUCCGCGCUGCUGCUGCUGCUGGUCGGCGUGCCCGUGGAGCUCUACGACUUCGUGUGGUGCCGCCACCCCUGGGUGUUCGGAGACCUGGGCUGCCGCGCCUACCACUUCGUGCGCGAGCUGUGCGCCUACACCACGGUGCUCAGCGUGGCCAGCCUGAGCGCCGAGCGCUGCCUGGCCGUGUGCCAGCCCCUGCGCGCCCGCCGCCUGCUGUCGCCGCGCCGCACCCGCCGCCUGCUGUCGCUCGUCUGGGCCGCCUCGCUCGGCCUCGCCCUGCCCAUGGCAAUCAUCAUGGGGCAGAAGCACGAGCUGGAGACGGCUGGCGGGGAGCCGGAGCCCGCCUCGCGCGUGUGCACCGUGCUGGUGAGCCGCGCCACGCUCCAGGUCUUCAUUCAGGUGAAUGUGCUGGUGUCCUUCGUGCUCCCCUUGGCAUUAACUGCCUUCCUGAACGGGGUCACUGUGAGCCAUCUGGUGGCCCUCUGCUCCCAGGUGCCGUCCACUUCUGCCCCGGGAAGCCCCGCCCCCAGCCACAUGGAACUAAUGAGUGAGGAGAGGAGGACGCUCCCCCUGGGGGGCCCGGCCAGCCUGGUGAGACACAAGGACUCCAGCCGGCUUCGCCGCCUCCAGCACAGCAUCCAGGUUCUCAGAGCCAUUGUGGCUGUGUAUGUCAUCUGCUGGAUGCCGUACCACGUCCGCAGGCUCAUGUACUGCUACAUUUCCGAUGACGGGUGGACCGGAACACUCUACAAUUUCUAUCACUACUUCUACCUGGUGACAAACACGCUUUUCUACGUCAGUUCGGCAGUGACCCCCAUCCUGUACAACGUCGUGUCCUCCUCCUUCAGAAAACUCUUCCUGAAAGCCCUCGGCUCCCUGUGUCGACAGCACCACCACAUGGCGCCUUGACCCCUGGAAGCCCUGGAGCCUCACCCGAAUGGACCCCAGCUGCGGGCUCUGGGGCCCCAUCCCCUAGAUACGCCGACCUGGACGGAGCAGAAGAAUGAACGAAAGCAAACAGCAACUGGCCGCUCAGUCACUAGCAUUCAGACAAGCUAUUUUAUCACAAGUAACUCAAGCUCUGCAGUCAGAUGCACUCAUCCGGACCCCCGGCCCCGCCACUUACCAGCUGUGCAUCUGCAGGCGAGUCGCUUACACGCUGAGCCUCAGUCUUCCCAUCUGCGUGAUGGAGAUGAACAGUACCCAGCUCUUAGAGUUGU